UAUCGCUCGCACCAAGCAAGGAGCAUGGCGGCGUCGCCGCCGCUGUGCGACGACAUCGUCGAGGAGAUCCUCGUGCGCCUGCCGCCGGACGACCCCGCGAGCCUCCUCCGCGCGGCGCUCGCCUGCAAGCGGUGGGCCCGCCUCGUCUCCGGCCCGGGCUUUCGCGCCCGGCUCCGCCGCGGGGGCGGGGCCCCCAUGCUGGGCUUCCUCUGCGACCUCAGGGGCGGCUUCGACGGCGCCGUCUCCCGCUUCGUCCCCACCUCCUCCUUCCGCCCGCCACGGCCGCGUCCUCCUCUACCCGCUGCGCAGACGGCUCGGGCCCCCCGGGACCGGGAGCGUCCUCAGGCUCACCGUGUGGGUCCUAUAGGUGGCCAAACGGGCGGCCCGGCCCGGCCCGGCCCGGCACGGCACGGGCCCGUCUAA